ACUUGGGACAAGCACAACCAUAGGUCUGCCGGAACCACCUAGCGCUAGAUACUCAUCCCACCCGGACGGGUUUUGUGUGCGCACACCAUCACAGACGCGUUUGAAAUGGCGGUUACUCUUCAUACGGAUCUGGGAGAUUUAAAAAUCGAGUUGUUCUGUGAGCGUGCUCCGAAAGCGUGUGAGAACUUCCUUGCUUUGUGCGCAAGUGGGUUCUAUAAUGGUUGCAUCUUCCACCGAAAUAUCAAAGGCUUCAUGGUGCAGACUGGAGAUCCUACAGGCACAGGUAAAGGAGGCACAAGUAUAUGGGGUCGCAAAUUUGAGGAUGAGUUCAGUGAGCACUUAAAGCAUAAUGUAAGAGGAGUGGUCUCGAUGGCGAGCAGUGGCCCCAACACAAAUGGUUCGCAGUUUUUCUUCACCUACGCCAAACAGCCACACUUGGACAUGAAGUACACAGUGUUUGGAAAGAUCAUCGACGGCUUGGAAACGCUGGAUGAGUUGGAGAAGCUGCCCGUGAACGAAAAGACAUUCCGACCACUGACUGACACCCGAAUAAAGGAUGUGACCAUUCAUGCUAACCCUUUUGCUGGAUAACUGACUUGGAGCUUGUAUUUAAAAGAAAGAAACACUUGGAAAGCUGCACGGUGCCUUGUCAAAGUUAACACGAAUUACUUGUCCAAGCCUGAAAAACACAGAGAGAAAUCUCCCUGAGAGAAUUACAACGGACUAAAGCUGCUGGGUUGUCUUUCACAAAAACAAAGAAAACCUGAAGUCCUUGUUGAAGUCAUUGUCCAGAGAAUAUUACAGAUUUUGCAACUUGUUGAAAAAUUCAGUAGUUUCUAGCUUUGUGCGUAAACCAGUUUGGAAGCGACAGAACAUUGGUAAUAAGUUAUUCGUGUAAUCCAUUAAACAGUUUCACAACUGAAUCCAAAAAUGAAAAGGUGACAUUUUAAAACCGCGUUGGGCUUUUCUUUUUCCUCGUGUCGAACAAAUGUUAGCAAGUCCAUUACUGAAGAAAUCUUUAUGUAUCUGCGACAUUUUAAUUACUGUGCUUUUUCAUUACCUAAUAAAAAAAUGCAAGGUG